ACUUCCGCUUGGGACUCAAUCUCUGCGCCAGUCUGUGCUCGAGGCCCCGCCCACUUCCGGGCUCCGCGCGGGCUCGCAUCCACUGUUUCCGCCAGUGGCGGGGAGUUGAGGGACCUAGAGCUUUCCCUUCGAGGCUCACGUUUCUAGUCACCUUCCCUGCACACUUGGCUUUUCGUCCUAAACGUCCGGCGGGGCACACCCGGGGGAAACUCGCUCGGAGUGCGGGAGCCCCUGGCAGUCCCUAGCGCGUUCCCACAGCCGUCCGUCUCGGCCCCGCCCCAGCCCCUCCGCAGAGGCCGCCCCGCCCAUUAACGGCUGCGGGGCGCCGGGCACGCCCCGUGCCCCGCCAGUUACGCCCAGCGGGUCUCUCUCCGAAGCGGCCCGGGACUUGCGUUUGCGUCCAGCCUGAGACCACCGUUUCCCUACGUCUCACCAGGGCUAUGGCCUCAUGCGACGAGAAAAAAGAACAUACCCGUUCCUUGUCUAUGUGUGGCCAUGUUGGUUUUGAAAGUUUACCUGAUCAGCUGGUCGAUAGAUCCAUUGAGCAAGGCUUCUGUUUUAAUAUUCUCUGUGUGGGGGAGACUGGCAUUGGAAAGUCAACGCUGAUUAACACACUGUUUAACACUCAUUUUGAAGAACUCGAGUCCUCACAUUUCUAUCCGUGUGUUAGACUUCGAGCUCAGACCUACGAACUCCAGGAAAGCAAUGUUCGCUUGAAACUGACCAUCGUGAAUACAGUGGGCUUUGGUGACCAAAUAAAUAAAGAAGACAGCUAUCAGCCAAUAGUUGAUUACAUAGAUGAUCAAUUUGAGGCCUAUCUCCAAGAAGAACUGAAGAUCAAGCGUGCUCUUUUUAACUACCAUGACUCUCGGAUCCACGUGUGCCUCUACUUCAUUGCUCCAACGGGCCAUUCUCUAAGGACGCUUGACCUCUUGACCAUGAAGAGCCUGGACAGCAAGGUGAACAUUAUACCACUUAUUGCCAAGGCAGAUACAAUUUCUAAGAGUGAAUUACAGAAAUUUAAGAUGAAACUCAUGAGUGAACUGGUCAUCAAUGGUGUUCAGAUAUAUCAGUUUCCAACAGAUGACGACACGACUGCCAAGAUCAAUGGAGCCAUGAAUGGCCAUUUGCCAUUUGCUGUUGUUGGAAGUAUGGAUGAGAUAAAAGUUGGAAAUAAGAUGGUCAAGGGUCGCCAGUAUCCUUGGGGUAUUGUACAAGUGGAAAAUGAAAAUCACUGUGACUUUGUAAAGCUGCGGGAAAUGCUUAUUUGCACAAACAUGGAGGACCUGCGGGAGCAGACGCAUAUGAGGCACUAUGAGCUGUACAGGCGCUGCAAACUGCAGGAGAUGGGCUUUGCAGAUAUGGGCCCAGAGAACAAGCCCCUCAGUCUUCAAGAGACGUAUGAAGCCAAAAGACACGAAUUCUGUGGUGAACGUCAGAGGAAGGAAGAACAGAUGAAGCAGAUGUUUGUGCAGCGAGUAAAGGAGAAAGAAGCCAUAUUGAAAGAAGCUGAAAGAGAGCUUCAGGCCAAAUUUGAGCACCUCAAAAGACUUCAUCAGGAGGAGAGAAUGAAACUGGAAGACAGGAGGAGAGUGCUGGAGGAAGAGUCCAUCGCUUUCGCGAAGAGGAAAGCCACGUGCGAGCUCUUCCCAAACCAGUCAUUUCUGACGGCAGGUAACAGCAUUAGGAAGGACAAAGACCGAAAGAACUGAGCAACAUUCCAUCCCCAGCCCAAGCACAAACAUCUUUAAGAGCUCAGGACUCAUCCUCAAGACAGUGUGGCUUGAUAAUUGUUUUUAUUUUUCACAGUUCCCUAGCUGAAUGUUCUGUAUGUGCUGUCUAUUUGCUCUUUGUAUAAAAGUUUAGUGGCCAGGCAGUGGUGGUGCUCACCUUUAAUCCCAGCACUUGGGAGGCAGAGGCAGGUGGAUUUCUAAGUCUGAGGCCAGCCUGGUCUGCAGAGUGAGUUCCAGGACAGCCAGGGCUAUACAGAGAAACCCUGUCUAGAAAAACC